AUGAUGAAGGAAGUGAGACUGAGUAAAGCCUCCACGUUUCAUUUACUGGUUCACACCAUCUGUUGCUGCCGUCACUUUGAGAACGCUUUCUGCCAGGAGGCCGUGUUCCUGACAGUUGUUUGGAUUUUGAGAAUGACAGGGUGUCUGGGAAUCUGUCAGGCUGGUGCCUACCCUCUUCAUGUUCUCUGCUGCCUUGUGCUCACCUACCUCCUUAACCAACUGGACCGCUAUCUGCUGGCCAUUGUAAUCCAGCCACUAGCCCAGGAUAUUCAGUUUGGAGAAAAGAGUUGUCUCCCCAGGGUGAGCGAUGAGCAGAUUGGGGAACGAUGCCAUAAUGCCAGUUCCCAGGACAGCUGCCUGUCUCUCCUGAAUGAAAAUGAGACGCAGUAUUGUCAAUGGAACUUUGAUGGAUCUGGAUGGCAAUACCAGGUGAUGGCUGGUCCUGUCUUCAUCUUCGUUUUCACCUUCACAGGGAUUUUCAUUGGAUUUGUGGCGGAUUCUGUCAGUCGGAAGAAUUUCCUGUCUGCCAGCCUCUUCCUCUGGAGCCUUAUGACAUUGCUGAUGGGUUUUGCCAAGCAUUACUGGCACCUGGUGAUUCUGCGCUUUGGCCAAGGGAUCAGUGAGGCCGGGUGCACUCCAUUUGCUGUCAGUCUGAUUGUGGAUUAUUUCCCAAAGGAGUCACGAGGCUCAGCAAUGGGUUUCUAUAACUGGGGCAUCUACGCUGGCUAUAGCCUCUCAUACGCUAUCGGCAACUAUGUCACCAGGGCCAACAUCCUGGGGCAGGGUUGGAGAUGGUCAUUUAUUGUCAGUGCCAUCCCAGGGUUUAUUGUCAGUGCCAUCGUGCUGCUCAGUGUUCGUGAAUUGCCGGAGGAGAAGGGAAACACUGAGGUGACACCCAGAGACACCCUCAAACUGAGCAUUGGACGGAAAAUACUGCACGGUCUGAGGUCUUUCAUCACACCCUCCCUCCUGUUCCUAUGUAUCGCUGGGUCAGUCAGAAAUGCAGGAGGCUAUGUUUGGGCCUACAACACCCAGCUGUUCUUCAACCUGUACCACCCCGGUGUGGAUGUGGGUCGCUGGUUGUCAUGGAUACCACUGGUUGGAGGCUGCCUGGGGGCCCUCUCUGGAGGGUACAUCUCAGACCAAUUAGUGAAACGAAAAGGAUUCUAUGCCCGGGUGUGGGUGCUGGUCAUCAGUCAGGUUGCAGCUGCUCCUUUUGUGGCUGGAGCUCUCUGGCUCCAUCCUCCAUAUUGCUUCCUGUCGUUGAUCCCUGCCAAUAUCAUGGGUGAGAUGGGGAUUGGAGUCACGUUAACCAUCAUUGUCGAACUGGUCAACUCCUCACUUCGCACUCCUGCUGUGGCCAUUUACAUAUUCAUCAUCUCCAAUGUUGGAGGCAAUGCCCCAUUGCUGGUGACUCCGCUCACCAGAGCCUGGGGCCUCCGUGUUGCUUUACUUGUGCUGUGCCCUGGAAUGUACAUCACAGCUUCCAAGGCCGUUUGCAUUGCUGAAAGCUCUGACCCAGCCGUGGCUAACGGAAAGUAUGUGACUGUGAUACCGGGGCCUACAGCUCUGUAG